AUGCCCGAGCUCUUCAAACCCAUUGGCGAGGAGGUAGAGAAGGUCGCCCCGGCGGCCGUUCCCAAUGGGACGAGCGGUGACGACCAGGAGAAAGUGGUUGAGGAGAUCGAGUCCCUCUGCAUGAACUGCGAGGAAAAUGGUGUAACACGGCUCCUGCUAACGAAGAUCCCCUAUUUCCGCGAAGUCAUCAUCAUGUCCUUCUCCUGCGAGAAGUGCGGUUACCAGAACAACGAGAUCCAGACGGCCGGAACCUUCCAGCUCAAGGGUGCUCGCUAUGAGCUCCGCCUAACCGACAUGGCCGAUUUCGAGCGCAGUGUAGUCAAGUCGGACACAGCCAACGUCAAGUUCGUUGAGCUGGAUCUAGAGGUGCCCCCCGGCAAGGGUCAACUCACAAACGUGGAGGGUCUCCUGACGACCAUAAUCGACGACCUCGCAUACGGUCAGGAGAAGCGCAAGGAGGAGCAGCCUGAGGUAUACGCCAGGAUCGAGGAGAUCAUCGCCAGGGGUAGGAAGAUGCUUGCUGGCGAGGCGUUCCCCUUCCGUGUCGCCGUCGACGACCCGGCAGGCAACUCGUUCAUCACCCCUGACAUGCGCGACGGCGUCGGCAAGUGGGAGAAGCGCGAGUACAUCCGUACCCCGGAGCAAAACGCCGCCCUGGGGCUCGCCGACACCAGCGCAGCCGGUCCUGACGGGCAGGACGACAUCGUGCCCGACCAGGUCUACUCCUUCCCCGCCUCGUGCCCGGGCUGCAUGCACCCGUGCACGACCAACAUGAAGAUGGUGGAGAUCCCACACUUCCGGCAAGUCGUCAUCAUGAACACGACGUGCGACGACUGCGGGUACAAGUCCAACGACGUCAAGACCGGCGGCGAGAUUCCCGAGAAGGGCAAGAAGAUCACGAUCCGCGUCAAGACGAAUGUGGACCUCGCCCGUGACAUCCUCAAGAGCGAGAGCUGCGCGCUCGAGUGCCCCGAACUCAGCCUCUCGGUCAACCCGGGCACGCUCGGCGGCCGCUUCACCACGGUGGAGGGCCUGCUCACGCAGGUGCGCGACGACCUGCACAACCAGAUCUUCGAGGCCGACGCCGACGCCGACGCCGGGGCGAGCGCCCGGGUGAACGAUUCGCUCCCGGCCGAGGAGAAAACGCGCUGGGAGGAGUUCUUCAAGGGGCUGGACGCCGCCAUCAAGGGAGAGAAGGAGUUUACCAUUGUCCUCACCGACCCCCUGGCGAGCAGCUAUGUGCAGAGCUUGGCGGACGACCCCGGCCAGCCGGACGAGCAGAUGACGGUGGAGGAGUACGACCGCACGGACGAGGAGGAGGAGGACCUCGGGUUGAAGGAUAUGAAGACGGAGGGGUAUGAGGCGGAUGCGGCCCAGACGGAGGAUACUGCCUGAGCUGUUGCUUUUUCUUCUUAUUCUGAUAUUUGAGGAGUUUGGUGGGAAAAUACUGUUGAAGAUACCUCAUGGUUGGAUGUAGAUAAAAGAUACAUAUACGAAGCGAUGUGCUGCAGGGGCGUAUGGGAUGAAAAGAAAAAAGAGUUGGCUUACAUUGCUUGUUCACGCCUCCAAAUGGUUGCUGUGUUCUGUAUUGUCUCGGUAUACUAUACAACGAUGUCGGGCAAGUCCCCAAGCCGGGGCUGUAAGCGUCAAAGUUGACCAGCAGCGCCUUCAACAUGUUCAUAGCGUCUUGCCCAUAUGAAGUGAUUAUACCUUAGCAUGGAGCCGCGAAGUGUCAUGCAACAGAUGAAGCAGCACAAGUUGAAGGUAACCCCGGUUAUUAGUUGCCUU